AUGUUAGAUCAUGGUCACCAGGCGCCCGUGACGCGGGUGUGCUUCAGCGGCUCCGACCGGCACGUGGCGUCCGCCUCGCGCGCCGGCCACCCGCAGUGCGCACGCGACCUGCGCUACAGCACGGUGCGACCGGCCGUGCUGGGCGCCGCCUUCGACACGGGCCACGUGUCGCUGUGGGACGUGAACCAGCGCCGCCUGCUGCACACGUUCACCAGCGGGCACGUGGCGCCGGCCGCCGGGCUCGCCUUCUCGCCCGUCAACGACAUCCUGCUGGCCAGCGUCGGCCUGGACAAGCGGCUCGUCUGCUACGACCCCAAGACCAGGAAUGUGAUCCAGAGGGUGGUGAGCGACGCGCCGCUGACGGCCGUCGACUUCCACGGCGAUGGCGUGCAGCUGGCGGUGGGCACGUCGCAGGGGCGCGUCUGCGUGUACGACCUGCGCGCGCCGGGACGGCCCAGCCGCUCAUUCACCGCGCACCGCAGCUCUGUGCAGCGCGUCCAGUUCCAGCCGCCAGCCAAGGUUCGAGGCCGGGGCUCCAGCGUUCAGACCGCUGAAGACAGCAAGGCUCUGCCCUCCGGCCAGAACCAUUCGCUGCCGGCCGUCGAGCUGAUGCAGAACCACGUGCCCAGGCAUGGGGAGGCACCUCGCACCCAUUCGACGCCGGUGGAGAGCGCCAAGCCGACGGCCGUCGCGGCUAACGACAGCGGCGGUCCGACCAUGGCCAUGUAUGGCCAGGUGUCCGCCGAGCAGAGCUCCCUGUUCUCUCCUCUCCGGGAUGAGAGUCGCCACGCGGCCGCCUCUCCGCCCGCCACGACCGUGCCUAACGGCGUCACGCUCAACGGUACAGUGCACGGUAAGACGCUGGCCGUCACGUCCCUCGUAGUGAGAGCCAUCGGCCAGACUCGCGGCAUGCUCCCCCAGAACCUCUACUCGGACCUGUAG